AUGCAUAAACCUAUCUGGCCACCGCGAGUCCUAUAUCGUGAUCAAGAUGUAGUGUUCGGUGAAAUGAGUCUAGACCAAGUAUUCUAUGAAGAACUCGCCAAUUCGUCUUCUCCAGAAUUCAAGAAUUUGAGUACAGAAUUCUGUGGCGCAAUUAAAGAUGCGCUGCAGAAAAACUCUUCAGAAUACGGAGAUAAAUACCAACAUUGUGACGUGACUAAUUUCAGGAACGGAAGCAUAGUGGUUCAAUACAAGGUGUACUACGAGUUCACUACUACUAUAAUCAUCGAGGAAACGGUCCAAAAAGAUAUCAACAGCUCCCUAACACCAAUAAAUUCCAGUCAUACACAGUUGUCUAAUUUUAAGGUCAUAACAACGAGUUUGACUAUCACGGUAAAUGUUGAGACUUAUGUAAUAGAUCCCAUAACAACUAGUUCAACAACAACAUCAACUACAGCACCAGCAACAGAAACCACAACCGACAGUUCCACAGGAACCACAUCCGACAGUACCACAUCGACUACAGCACCAGCAACAGAAACCACAACCGACAGUUCCACAUCGACUACAGCACCAGCAACAGAAACCACAACCGACAGUUCCACAGAAACCACACCCGACAGUACCACAUUGACUACAGCACCAGUAACAGUAACCACAACCGACAGUUCCACAUCGACUACUGCACCAGCAACAGAAACCACAACCGGCAGUUCCACAUCGACUACAGCACCAGCAACAGAAACCACAACCGACAGUUCCACAGAAACCACACCCGACAGUACCACAUCGACUACAGCACCAGUAACAGUAACCACAACCGACAGUUCCACAUCGACUACUGCACCAGCAACAGAAACCACACCCGACAGUUCCACAUCGACUACAGCACCAGCAACAGAAACCACAACCGACAGUUCCACAGAAACCACACCCGACAGUACCACAUCGACUACAGCACCAGUAACAGUAACCACAACCGACAGUUCCACAGAAACCACACCCGACAGUACCACAUCAACUACAGCACCAGUAACAGUAACCACAACAGACAGUUCCACAUCGACUACAGCACCAGCAACAGAAACCACAACCGACAGUUCCACAUCGACUACAGCACGAGCAACAGAAACCACAACCGACAGUUCCACAUCGACUACAGCACCAGUAACAGUAUCCACAACCGAGAGUUCCACAUCGACAUCACCAGUAACAGUAUCCACAACCGACAGUUCCACAUCGACGACAUCACCAGUAACAGUAUCCACAACCGACAGUUCCACAUCGACUACAGCACCAGCAACAGUAUCCACAUCCGACAAUUCCACAUCGACGACAUCACCAGUAACAGUAUCCACAACCGACAGUUCCACAUCGACUACAGCACUAGUAACAGAAACCACAACCGACAGUUCCACAUCGACGACAUCACCAGUAACAGUAUCCACAACCGACAGUUCCACGUCGACAACAGCACCAGAAACCACAGCAACAGCUGAACCAGUGAAAUAUACAGCAGAUGUCCAUGUUUCCAGUAUAGUUGCUACUGUUGGAGAACUCACGACAUCAAAAGCGUGCAUAGUCACUCCGCACGGAGAAUGGCUUCAAAUCAACGUAUCAGUCGAUUCGGGCGGGGUGUCGCACGUCAUCGGGAAAUUAGAUUACAACCAAUCUUUUGAAACCCCAUCGUCCCUGGACAGAUUUAAUGCUAGUAUCCGCAUGAAUGGUGAUACAGUGGAUGUGAUGGUGACUCUGAAUCUAACGGAACCAACAACCAAAAUCUGCUCCUGGGACAACAGUUAUAAAGUGUAUUGCUCUGUGAUUAUGAACGACACUUUUCCGACUAAGGUGGUUGAGUUCAAUCCAAUUUCCGUGACAGCUCCUAUGGCAGAAGUAAGCAUCGACUCUAAGGUACAUUACAAUGAAGGUGAUCAGAUGACCUUCAAUUGUACAACGAAAGGGGAUCCAAAUUAUAGUUACUUUGAUGUUCAAUUAAUCAAAGAUUCCAACAUUUUUUACAACAAUUCCGGUGGAGACUUUGGGACUGGAACUAACUCCGACUGUUCCAUUGAUUUCAACUGGGUUGGUGGUCACUUUCUUCCGCCGCUGACUUCCAAUCAAACCGGCGUCAUAGUCCGCUGUGUUGUAAGAAACACUGUACUGAAUAAGACUAAGACAGCUGAAAAGACGCUGAAUGUGUCAUCGUCAGCUACAAUUACAACACCAGUAUCAGAAACGACAACCGACAGUACCACAUCGACUACAUCACUAGUAAUAGUAUCCACAACCGACAGUUCCACAUCGACUACAGCAUCAGUAAUAGUAUCCACAACCGACAGUUCCACAUCGACUACAUCACUAGUAAUAGUAUCCACAACCGACAGUUCUACAUCGACUACAUCACCAGAAACCACAACCGACAGUUCCACAUCGACUACAGCACCAGCAACAGAAACGACAACCGACAGUUCCACAUCGACUACAGCAUCAGUAACAGAAACCACAACCGACAGUUCCACAUCGACUACAGCACCAGCAACAGUAUCCACAACCGACAGUUCCACAUCGACUACAGCACCAGUAACCACAACCGACAGUUCCACAUCGACUACAGCAACAGCAACAGUAUCCACAACCGACAGUUCCACAUCGACUACAGCACCAGUAACCACAACCGACAGUUCCACAUCGACUACAGAACCAGCAACAGUAUCCACAACCGACAGUUCCACAUCGACAACAGCACCAGCAACCACAACAACAGCUAAACCAGUGAACUAUACAGCAGAUGUCCAUGUUUCCAAUAUAGUUGCUACUGUUGGAGAACUCACGACAUCAAAAGCGUGCAUAGUCACUCCGCACGGAGAAUGGCUUCAAAUCAACGUAUCAGUCGAUUCGGGCGGGGUGUCGCACGUCAUCGGGAAAUUAGAUUACAACCAAUCUUUUGAAACCCCAUCGUCCCUGGACAGAUUUAAUGCUAGUAUCCGCAUGAAUGGUGAUACAGUGGAUGUGAUGGUGACUCUGAAUCUAACGGAACCAACAACCAAAAUCUGCUCCUGGAACAACGAUUAUAAAGUGUAUUGCUCUGUGAUUAUGAACAACACUUUUCCGACUAAGGUGGUUGAUUUCAAUCCAAUUUCCGUGACAGCUCCUAUGUCAGAAGUAAGCAUCGACUCUAAGGUACAUUACAACGAAGGUGAUCUGAUGACCUUCAAUUGUACAACGAAAGUGGAUCCAGAUUAUAGUGACUUUUAUGCUGAAUUAAUCAAAGAUUCCAACACUCUUUUCACAAUUCCCGGUCCAGAUUUUGGGACUGGACUUAACACCGACUGUUCCAUUGAUUUCAACUGGGUUGGUGGUCCCCCUCUUCCGCUGACUCCCAAUCAAAACGGCGUCAUAGUCCGCUGUGUUGUACGAAACACUCUGCUGAAUAAGACUAAGAUUGCUGAAAAGACGCUGAAUGUAUCAUCUGCUGGUGUUGCAUUUUUUGAAUAUAGCAAAUCAAACCUGACAAAAAGUUUCCAAGAAAUAGAAUGCAUAGCCCGCAGUGCGUCAUCAAUUUUUCAGGAAAUCAUUUUAUCUAAAGAUGGUGCCGAAAUUGCUGUUAUGAAUAGUUCAGGAACGGCCUCAAUGCUCAUAACUAAUGCGAGAUACUCUGUAACAACACAAUCGUUUAGUGGCGAUGAACGACUGAUCUUGAGAAUAUCCAGUGUGGAGUGCGAAGAUCAAGGAAUGUUUGGUUGCAAAAUGUCGACAAAGAACAAUUCUAUAAUAACCGCUCCCAAUAUGACGUUUAUUGUGGAAGGAGCUAAACCAGAAUUGAAAUUACAUCCCGACAUCUUCGAACCUUUCGCCAGAGCAGGCCUCAAUCAUAUUUGUUCCACGGAGCACACCGGAAUGGAAGAGAGAAAUAACUACUUGGAAGUUCAAAUAUUCAAACCGAACGCUGUGACUGGUUUUAGAUACUCAAACAGAAUAGCAGAGACCGAAAAAAUGCUGGAUCCUACGAACAAUAUAACUUACAUCAACAUCACAGGAACGACUGCCCAGUUCCUUCUUGUGUCUGAUUGGAAAACGAAUGUGUCGUGUAACAACCCGGAAACGAUAACAUUUUUGCUGGACUUGACGAUGGAGUUCAAUAACGGGACUGUGAAAUGUGUGCUGAAGGACGACGAGACAGUGCACUCUUCUGUGGAGUCACGCAUAACAGUGAUUCCUGGUAACUUUUGUGACGGAUAUGAGCACCAAUCUAUCAGAAAACAUCCGAACAAUGACUGCAAUAGUUUUGUCGAUUGUUCGGAAAUCGGAGGGAAAAUGUAUGCCGUGGGAAAUCAAUGUCCUACUGGCCAAUGCAUGGACUUUACAAACAAAUAUUGUGUAACUUGUGACGGAAGUUUUACUUGCGAGGAAGUAACAACACCUGGGCCUACAACAAUAAUGACAACCCUACCCCCAGGAACACGCUAUGUGUCCUGUAAUGAUUCCACCCACUCGGAGGGGACAUCAGCCAUCGUAAAAUGUGUUGUCCUAGAUAACACAUUCGUCAGUCUAAACAUCACAUUCCUCCCAGAGUCAAGUCAAGGGAGUGAGGAAAAAAUAGCGGGAAUUCUUCCAGACGGCACGGUGCAAUCUCAGUCCCGUACUGACAUGGGCAUAUCCACCAACUUUGCUUCAUCGCCUAUGAUUUUAUCCAUGACGUUCCAUUCAGUAAAUUGCAGUGGUAAAGGACGAUAUAGUAUCACCGGCAUGGGAACAGAUUCAUUGGUUGCCCUUUCUGUUGAAACAUUUAGACUAAAUGUUAUCAGCAAUCUGACAGCAUUCAGUAUAAACACGAGUCCAAUUUACCAAGAGGGUUCACAGAUUGAAUUCAACUGUACAGCUACUCUAGAUGAGUCUCACGCAGACAUUAAAGCGUACUACAAAAGGCAAUCAGAGAGCAGUUUUAACGAAAUUGAGGGAUCAACAGUUAUCACUGGAAGAAACGACCCACACUGUCUUGUGAAUGUCGUUUGGAAACCAUCAAAUCUUAUGAUAGCUGAUGGAAGUUUCAAUAAUACCGACCUUAAAUGUUCAAUUAUGCAAUGGCCAUUUGCAAAUAAAUUAAAGUCAAUUACUGUUGGAACCGCAGAUGUCGCCUUUGAUAUGUACAAAAUUGAAGCUAACAUCAACAGCACGGUGUCUGCCAAAUGCUUUGCAAGGAAUGUGAAUGCUGUAAAAGCGAUUGUUAUAAGAAGAGCUGACAAUAACGCGACGGUCGCCAGUAUUUCUCUAACAAACACCCUUAUCAACAGUAUAGAUGGAGUAACGGUCAGUUACACAAACAACUCUUUGACGAUGUCCAUAGCAGCAUUAAGUUGUUGGGAUGAGGGAUACUAUACCUGCACCGUUGUAAAAUCCGAUGAUGCAGAGACCAGUGCACCGGCGCAACUUCACAUUCAACCAAAAGAUCCGCCGAAAAAGCAGUUAUCGACAUUGCGCCUCGAUCCAGACAUAAAAGAAAACAGUUACGACAGCGCCAAAGUACACACCUGUACCGGAGAUGUAGGCUAUCCAGUGGGCGAGGGAUAUUUAUCAAUAACAAUUACUAACCCCGACACUAAUGUUAACUAUUCAUAUGAUAAAAAAGCAGUGACAGAUGCCAUGAAAACUCCCGAAGCACCGCCUCUUAAAUUUAGAGUCAGUCUUGCAACUGGACUAAGCAUACUAAUUGUAGAAGAUGACGAACCAACUGAUAUCAACUGUACAAGGACGAGAAUGAUAAAGUUUUUAUUGCAAGUUACGAGGGACUGGAAUAUGGCGAGGAUUCGCUGCAGUGUUAAAACGGAAAAUAGUGAAAUAAAGGAAACCGUAGUUGAAGAUGAAAUAUACGUUAUUCCAAAGAGUAUAUGUGAUGAUACGAAUGGAACAGAUGCAUACCGACCGCACGAAAAGAUAGAUGGAUGCAAGAGCUAUGUAAGAUGUUAUAAUUACAUACCAACAGGCCAACGUUGUGGUACUAAUUUGUGUUUUGACCAUGGUGGAGUUGAGAGGUGUGAUUGGUGCAGAGACGUGAAGUGCGAAUCGGAGAUGACAACUACUACAGAAGGAUCGACAGAAUUAGCGACAACAACUAUCCCUCCAUCUACUACACCAGCAUUGCUCUGUCCUUUACAAUCCUGCACGUCAGAUUCGGCAUACGAAGGGGACACUGGUAGACUGUCAUGUUCUAUGAACAUGUCUGCGUCAUAUACACAAAUAACUGUUGCGAAAAAAGGUCAAGCUUUAUUAGUGGUGUAUCCAAACAGUACCACUGUCUUCAGUAUCAGUGAAUAUGCCGACAAGUAUACCUGGACUUUGGGCUCAUCUUCCGUUUUCACGAUCAAGAACACGGCAUGUUUGGACAGAUCAGAAUAUACAUUCACCGUGGAGGCUGAUGACGGGAGGACUUGCUCUGAAAAACCGUCUUUUGAUUUGAAAGUGAAACCAACAACACCGACGCUGACAAUUGAUUACAGAUGGGAAGUUGGAAAAAAUCAAAAGAUUCACACUUGUUCAGGGGAUGUUGGAAACCCUGCCGGGACAUUGUCGCUUGAGAUAAAAAACGGGACAUCAGGAAAUUAUACAUCAUAUACCUCACUUAGAAAUGAUGAAUCGAAGUUCCAUGAAGAUAACUGUUCCAACACGCUAAAUGCUAAUUUCUCAAUUGAUUUCACAUCAACCGAUCUCCAGGGGCACUAUAUUCGUUGUGUUGCUGAUAAUUCACAAACACUUCAAAGCUCGGACACUCCUCCUGCUUCCGAUGCAGUGAUGAUCAAUCCACUUCCUGCCAAUCCAUGUUUAGUUAGUGGGUUCUAUCCUUAUCCAGGCGAAUGCAGUCGAUAUUUGCAUUGUGAUAAUACCAACCCCAAUGUUGGUCAGUGUCGAGGGACAUUAUGCUUUCGCCCAGACAUUAACGCCUGUCAAACUAAUUGUACUUUUUGUUAGUAGUGAUUUUUGUGUUGUCCGCACAGCGAGGCAUGCACAAAGAAAUAACUUUCUUUGGAGUGUGAACUUUUUCUGACUGGCUGCAGUUGUUGGUACCUGUAUGCAACACAUAUAAUCCUCAGAAAGAUUUUAUGAAUGAUGUGAUACAGAGAAGAUGCAUGCUACAAUAUACAAAUAUUUUUAUGUAUUUAGUGUUCGUCAUUGCGUAAUAUAGACGAGCUUUACCAAGAUUAUAUUAUAUUUUUCAAUGUUAAUCUGUUUAAACAAAUAUGUUAUUUAGUAAAACUAUUUCAUACUUUUUCAGAUUGUUAUGCAUAAAAAUGUAAUGGCUUUAAUAUUUUUGCACACAAAAAGAAAAUCCCCGAAAUACAGAUGUGACGUCAUCUGUAAGGUAAAGAUGAAAAAUCGGUUCUAACAUUGACUAUGUAUAUGAAUAAAUCAUGCGAAACUUA